AUGGCUCAACCAGAAGUAACAUUGGACAACGCAAAGGCACACUGGCAAGAUGCAGAAGUGGAUGUUCUACUUCAUCACCUGAUUCAGAAUCAGGCAGUGGGUGGUGAUGGUGGAAACUUCACAAUGCCUACCUUCAACAGUGCAGCAACUGCUAUCAAUAACAAUGAUGCAAUUCAGACAAUAGGCCCACCGAAGACAGGCAAAAUGGUCAAGACAAAAUGGACAUUGCUCAAAAAAAUCUUCAAUCAAAUCGAGAUCUAUCACAAUGUAUCCAGUUUUCAUUGGGAUAAUGUUCAGGGGGCUGGAAUCAAGGACACUGCGGCUGCCAGUGUUUGGGAUAUGUAUGUUGAUCCCAAGUCACAAGCUGCAAUGUGCCCCUUUCGCAACAAAGGGUGGGCUCCAUACAACAACAUGCAGAUGAUCUUAGGCAAUAAUAGUAAUGCUUACAGAAGGCACACUUUGCACCUGGCUACUGCACCCCCUCCAUCUGUCAAUACUGCAGAUGAUGUCCUUGAUGUUAUUGACGGAGGCCUUGACCUUCUUGACAUGGAUGUAGACACUCAGGCUGCUGGAGCCACCACCGCCAGUGAUGGAACCUCAAAUACUACUCAUGUUGCCAGCUCCCAGUCCAGUAAACACAUGCACACUGACACUUUUGUCGACUCUUCAUCUCAACGCACUGGUGCCCCUCCCGCAUCCAGCAAUCCUGUUCCACUUUCAUCAACAUUGGUAUCAUCACCGAUUACUCCUGCCGCUGCUGUCAUGAAUAUGCAAGGUAGCAUAAACCACCUCACAGAUGUUAUCAAGAAAACCAUAUCCACUCCACCUCUGCCUCCUCCACCAGUCACUGUUGCACCAAUUGUACCAAAUAUCAUCUCUCGUGGCCUGGAAGCUAUGCACUGCAAAGAUGGGGAAUUUUUGUUGGUGAGUCAGAGAGCCAGCCCCCUGCACAUAUUUUCCCUUGCAGGAGGGGAAAACAAGCUUGCUAUCUAUGUUGGGCUUGAGGAUGACUACAAGACAUGCCGUGCAUUUAUCUUAGAGCUCUCGGACUCUCCACUGCUGCAGUAG